AUGCUGAUACUAGACCUCGUCAACCACGUACCAGGUCGACUUCUUCUCCAGACAGAGGUGGGUACCCAGCCUCUCGACUCUGUGAUUGUAUGUCUACUAGCCUUGUCAACAGACGAGACUUGUCACAAUUCUGCGAUACGAGAUGCUGGAUACGAUACGCGUUCCACACGUGAGGAGUUGAGCGUCGCCUUGGAGUCCAGACCGGUGAACAGUCUGACCAGAAGCGAAGACAACCAUGACCAGUUCGCUGAGAAGGGGGUGGUGGAUGACCCCAAAUUACCUGAUGAUAGCCCAGAUACGUAUCUAGGGGACAAACGUGGACCGCGCUGUACCGUGUACGAUAUAUGUGAUGCAGUCUCCCCACAGGACUCUAUACCAUACCUGCCGCCGAAAGGCACCCUCCAUACUUUGCACAAGCCACAUCAGGUGGAAUACAUGCGCUCAGAAGGAGCCUUGACCACAUUGCCUACAGAUGUCUGUGAUGACAUGAUCUGGACCUACUUUAAGCAUGUCCACUUCUUCCUACCAAUAGUGGAUGCUGAAGGCUUUCUCAAUGAUUAUCACGGACAGGGACCGCACAAAAAGCACGACCUUCUGUUCUGGAGUAUGAUGUUGGCAGCAACGAAUUUUGCAGAUGCUGAUCUUCUGAGACGAUUCAACUUCCCAUCCAGGAAAGCUAUGAAGGCUGCCAUGUAUGAACGUGCCAAGUGCUUAUAUGACCUCGAUCGAUCCACCGAGAAGCUGAAACUGAUCCAGUCAGUUAUGUUGUUAAGCUUCUGGUACACAGACCCGCAGGACCACACAGGAGCAUGGUACUGGAUUGGUAUCGCCAUAUCCCUGGCACAGGGCAUCGGUCUCCACCGGAACCCUCGAUCCAGUAGUCGCGCUCCACAGAUAUAUCCACGGGAACAAGCAUUGAGGCGCCGUAUCUGGUGGUCGUGCGUGGUUAGAGAUCGCUGGGUCUCGUUGGCCAAGGGGCACCCCAUGCGAAUCCAUGGUGAGGACUGCGACCUCCCAUUUCCUACCUCCCAGGAUGUCCUCCAAGAACUGGAUUCUGUCACCCAUGAUGCAAAGAGACGGUUCAUUCCGGCUGACUCUGCGGCCUUGACGAGUCUCUGGCUCCGACUCGUCCGUAUCAGCGACGUUCUCGGUGGUAUACUGCGACUUCAUUACCGCGUGAGCGGACCAGACCCAACCAUGGAUGAUAUCGACAAGUAUGCUCAGCAAAUCGAAUCAUUGUCAGCCACAAACUCGGGGAUUAUGGAUGAGUGGUGCGAUACUCUUAGCAUUCACGCCUACCAGAUCGACUUGUUUUACCAAGCGACGGUUGCGAUUCUGUACCGGCCGUAUGCGCUUAAUGAGUCUGCGCCUCCGCCUACAGGGACGCCUAUAGACUGGCACAAAGUGGCUUUGCGUCGUGCUCGCGAGGCUGCGGCAAAUACAAAUGCCCUGUUACAGAGGCUAAUAGAGCUUGACGCCAUAAAGUACUUGAAACCAAUGAUAAUCACCGCCAUCAUCCCCGCCAUGCAGAUUCACCUGUCGGACUGCAAAUCGACCACGGCUCUGAUACAUGCUCUUGCAACCCAUAAGAUGCAGCUAUGUAUGCUUGUACUCUCUAACCUCAGAAUGACGUAUUGGAGCGCCGAUGUAAUGUACAAGUUAUUCGAUCGGGCUCAAAAAAUCCUGGGCAAGACAAGAGCCUCACAAUCGAGCUCAUCUGAUCUUUCGGAUCCCCAGCCACAUUUAGCAGCUUCGGCCCAGCAAAGCACCAACGCGGGUCUGGUUGAGCCUCAGGCCCAUACUUUGAUGGACAAUCAGUGCCAGUCAGACGGCCUUCUGAUAACAGACUUGAAUUCAAUGCCCCAAGAUACUGAACAGCUGUGGUACUCGGUUUCGCCGCAAUUCAGCAACGUGGACCAGCUUCUUAGUCCCAGCUUUUCACUAUCUGAAGAUAUCUUCCAGCAUUUCUUCUCUAAUGUCGAUGCCGAGGUACACGGCCAACACAUGUCAUUAAUGGCGAGUGAGCCUGUAGAUGACAUACUGUACAACACUAUUUCAUUCUAG